AGUUUCCAGUUCCUGCAAGCCCCUUUGCCAAUGCGAUGCUCUCCUACAGAAGCUGGACCCUUCCCGGCACAAACUCCGAAUCAAUUCGCUGUAAAUUAUUGCGCGGAGCGUCGUUGCGCGCAUGUUUGGUGGGAACAGGACGGGGCCCGCUUAAUUAGAACGCCGCGUGUGAUUAGACCGCUGUGUUUGACCGAUUCGUUUUAAUUGUACACGUGCAAUUCGUUGGCACUUGUGCCACGGACUCGCUCCUGCGAUGUAGGAAGCGUGUUACCCUUCGGGGGAUCAUCGGCCCUUUUGUGUUCUUAUGAUGGAUAGAAAGACUGACCCUUUGUGCUCUGCACGCAACCCCCACCCUCCGAAACAAAUUUCUGCGCUCUGACGCGUGCCAACAUGAUUCCUGUUUCGCAAUCAGCGGAAUUGACGUUUGAUGGUUUCCUAACUCGACUUAGAAACUCGUUUGAAACUCGUAACGUUAUUGGAUUCGUGGACCUAUUCCUCCCCAAUGGUUAUCUUCGCGACCUUCUUAUCUGUGACUGGGAUCUGAGGUCUGUUUCAAGAGAUUCACUCGAGGAAUUUUUCCGCGCUCGGAAAGGGCUGCCGGGCAUCGAUCCCAAGACAAUCAAAGUAGAUGAUAAGAAAACUCCACCGCUCUUCAACGCCACGGGAAACUGGAUUCAAGGAUUUUUUGUUUUCGAAACCCCCACCUCCCUUGGAGAAGGCGUAGCGAGGAUUCUUCCGGAUACUACUACUGGAAUUUUCUGUGCCUUGACAUUGUCGCUGGCUCUGCACCAACUCAAAGAUCAUGGUCCUCUCGUGGGGCCCAACCGUCCAAUUGGCUUCAAACGCGGCCCUACGCGCCCAUCUCUCAACUGGCUUGAGGAGCGCCAAUCCUUAUCCUCCUUUACCCCCGAUUCCCCUUACCCAAAUCCAACGGUUAUCAUCAUUGGUGCAGGUCACUCAAGCCUCAUGCUUGCAGCGAGACUGCGCCGCCUGGGUAUCGUGACCCUGAUUGUUGAUAAACAGGAACGACUGGGAGAUUCAUGGAGGAAAAGAUAUCACUCGCUUGUCCUCCAUGAUGCUCUCUGGGGUAACGUAUUUCCGUUCCUACCUUACCCCGAUGAUUGGCCGGUGUUUCUGUCGAAAGAUAAGGUUGCUAAUUGGAUGGAGUCUUUUGCGAGCAUCAUGGAGCUGAAUGUGUGGUUGAAAUCCACGAUUGAGCCUAAUUCAACGUUUUACGACGAAGAAUGUGGGACAUGGACUCUCACUAUACGAAAAGGGGAUGGGUCGAUUCGAAAAAUGAAGUGCAAGCAUCUUGUUCAAGCAACUGGUCAUGCAGGGGAACCGAAUGUUCCUAGCUUCAAGGGGGAAGGACUUUUCACAGGCAGUAUCCGCCACUCAAGUGCCCACGAUGGCGGAGCAAUGUGGAAAGGCAAGAAGGCCGUAAUUAUUGGCUGUGGCAACUCCGCACACGAUAUUGCCCAUGACUUCUAUAGCAAAGGGGCUACCCAUGUGACUAUGAUACAGCGUUCGGCAACGGCUGUGGUCAGUAGAGACGUAGGUAUCCCAAAACUUCAGUACGCCGCGGGUUAUCGAGAAGGUGGCCCACCCACAGAGGAAGUAGAUUUAAGCGUGAUUUCGUUCCCUUACAAGGCGUUUGAACCAUAUGCAGUGAUGACGCAUGCGGCAAUCAACGAGGAGGACAAAGAACUGCUCGCUGGCCUUGAACGAGUUGGCUUCAAACUAAGAGGAAAGGGGAGCCCCGGACUACUGUAUCAGUACUUCCGGUUCUCGGGGGGUCACUACGUUGAUGUCGGCUGCUCGUCCUUGAUCAUCAGGAGAGACGUGAAAGUAAAGCAAGGACAAGUCCAAAGCUUCGAGGAAAACGGGCUUAGAUUGACGGAUGGGAGUUUUCUUGAGGCCGACGUCGUCGUGCUAGCGACGGGCUAUAAAUCAAUGCUCGAGACUUGUCGUAAGAUCUUUGGUAGUCACAUAGCUGACCAGACAGCUGCAGCUUGGGAAAUGAAGCCUGAUAGUGACAUAUAUGGUGUUUGGACGCAUUCUGGUUUCCCAGGGUUUUGGUACAUCGGCGGUGGAAUCCUCUUAUCUAGAAUAUACUCAAGAUAUGUGGCACUGUGGAUCCAAGCGAUAGAGCAUGGUGUCGCGCCGAAGCGACGAGUCCCUACUCAAACAUUGUGUAAGGGAGUUGGGACUGUGCCCGUGAGGGCCAAGCUAUGAUAUGUUGUACAUGUAAAUGAUCUGUAGACAUGAGCCGAAUUAGGAAGUUGCGUGACGUG